CUCCGUUUCUUUUUGCGAGAAGGCCCUCCUCCAAUAUGCCAGAGGCCCCGGCUGCCAGCCCCGUCGACUUCUCCGCCGCCUCCUCUUUCUCUUCCCCAACCCCAACUUCCUCUCGACCCCGCCCCCUCGGCGAGCCGCGCCGCGCCGCGGUGAAUGCGAUGGCCACGGCUUCGUCGGAGCCGCUCCCCAGCGGCGAGGAGGGGGACGAGGAUGCGGGGGCGAGGAUCGAUGACGACCUUCGCGGCAUGUCGGACCAGGCGCUGAAGGAGAGGUUCAAACGCCUACAGGACGGGCUCGACAAAUUCCCCGGCGUCCUCCCGGACGGUGGGAAGAAGUACCGCCGCUCGCUCCGCGCCGUCCGCGGCGAGCUCGACCGCCGCACUCGCUUGGCCUCGGACUCGGCCUCUCUCCGGCCACGGCCGCGGCCACCGCGUCCGCAAGGCCGCCUAGGCGAGCCGGAUGGCAAUAGAGGUGAACGGAUGAUCCAGUCAAGUUGUGCAGAACCGUCUGGUUUGUCUAGUAAAUGCAAUGAAAAUCAUGGAGUAACCAAAUCUGAUUUCCUUUCCGCAUUUGAGGUGGAUGAUGAGGCAGGCAUCGAUGUGGAGAUAACAAGUAUAUGCCCUGGCAAGACUAAAACGCCAGUAGAAAAUAAAGGGAAGUCGUAUGAAGUGAGUGAAUCUUGCAAAACCAAUGCACAACCAAUGCCUCCCAAAGUAUUAUGUAUCGACAACUCAAUCGACGUGGAAAAUAUGUCUUCUGACGAUGACUUCAAGGAUAACGGCGAUAUUAGGAUACGUGAAAAUGCUUCCACACCUUCUCGGAAAAGGAAAGGAGAUGACUCAGUUAACUUCUCAAUGCGAUUGAGACCAAGAAAGGCUCAAGAGGUGGUUCUACUCGAUGCAGAUGCACACCAUUCAGAAUCUGCAGAGAAGCCAACCACUAAACGGGAUGCAAUGAAGAUAUAUUAUCCUUCAAGCGAACACUCAAAUUCUAUUGAGCUUUCUCAUGAUGACAUAAAAUGCCUUGAGCCUGAAUCGUUACUUUCCUCAACUAUAAUGAACUUCUACAUUAUGUACCUGCAAGGACCAAUGUCGUCGAUUAGUACACAAAGAGGCAAGUAUCACAUUUUCAAUACAUACUUCUUCAAGAAACUUGAAGCCCUAAAAUCAAAGGCAGACAAGCCUUCUUACUUCUUAAACCUGAGAAGAUGGUGGAAAGGCAUAGAUAUAUUUCAAAAGCCAUAUAUAUUAUUUCCUGUGCAUGCAGAUACUCAUUGGAGCCUGGUGAUUAUAUGCAUGCCAGCAAAGGAAGAUCAAUCAGGCCCCAUUAUACUUCAUUUGGAUUCACUGAAUUUCCAUAACAGCAGAUUGAUUUUCAGUGUUGUUGAGAGAUUCUUAAAACAAGAAUGGAAUUACCUGAAGGAAAAUGGGUCUUUAGCAGAAUGUCCUAUACGAGAAACAGUGUGGAAGAAACUUCCUCGUAAAAUUGAGAAGAAACCAAUUGCGGUUCCCCAGCAGGAAAAUGAAUUUGACUGUGGCCUCUUUGUUCUGUACUAUAUGCAGCGGUUCAUCGAGGAGGCACCUGAAAGGCUUCACAAGAAAGACCUUUCUAUGUUUGGCAAAACAUGGUUUCAACCUGAAGAGGCUUCUGCAUUGCGAAAGAAAAUGAAGACCCUGCUUCAUCAGUUGUUUGAGGAAGCGGAUCCCAGUAACGACAGUACAUCGGAGCAGACAGCGUGUCAGUCGCUUUUGGAAGUUAAGCCUGCAAACAACGUGAUGGAGCUGGCAACGUCAGAACACCCUUUGGAAGUCAGUUCAGCUGAGGUGAUACCAACGUCGGAACACCUGCUGGAAGUCGGUUCUGCUGAGAUGACACCAAUGUCUGAACACCCUUUGCAAGUCAGUUCUGCUGAGAUGUCACCAACGCAAGAACAUCCUUUGGUGGGCAGUUCUGGUGAGAUGGUACCAGCGCAAGAACAUCCUUUGGUGGGCAGUUUGGCUGAGAUGGAACCAACACAAGAACAUCCUUUGGUGGGCAAUUCGGCUGAGAUGGAACCAAAGCCUUUGGUGGGCAGUUCGGCUGAGAUGGCACCAACGCAAGAACAUACCUUUGUGGGCAGUUCGGCUGAGAUGGCACCAACGCAAGAACAUCCUUUGGUGCGCAGUUCGGCCGAGAUGGAACCAACGCAAGAACAUCCCAUGGUGGGCAGUUCGGCCGAGAUUACGUCGCAGAAACCUUUGGAAGGUACUUCGACCCGACCAACUAGUUUUGAGCACCCUUUGGAAUGCAGCUGAUUGAUGUUACCACCUUUGGAGUGACUUACGUUACCCGUAGAAACCGAAACCGGCUCGGAAUUGUAUUAUAGAUGGGAAGGUGUUGUAGCCUGCAUCUGUAGGCGACUUUGAGGGAGGGGUGGUGUUGCAUGACUGAACGUUGCAGUUAAUGUAUCCGCGGGAACUUCCGUGUAUAUAAAAUAUCAGUAGGAGAACUGGUGGGUGUACGAGUCGCUCAGGGUGGACUGUUCUUUAGUUAUUUAUAGGCUAGGCUGGAAGAGGUCAAUAAAAUCUCAGGCUUUGAUUA